UGAAGUCCCACCACCACAGGCUCGUUGAAGGAACGCCGGGAGGCGAAUUAACCGCGCAGCCAGCACGCGACAACGACACCACAUGGAGUCUGUCGCUCACCACGCGUCGACUCUGCUCGACUUCCCGAGCAGCCGGGAGCUUCUAGCGCGGUUCACGUACUACGACUACGCGGUGUUCGUGUGCAUGCUGGCCAUGUCCGGCUCGCUGGGCCUGUGGAGCGCCUGGCACGACAACCGCAGCGACGCCAAGAGCGGCAUCUCGCUGCUGCUGAACGGCGAGCGGCGACUUCCCGCGGUUCCCGUGGGCGCCUCGCUCAUGGCCAGCUUCAUAUCGGCCGCCUACCUGCUGGGAAACGCAGCCGAGGUGUAUCGCAACGGAACGCUCUACAUGAUGACGUUCGUGUCGUACGCACUCUCUUUAGCCGUGACGGCGCACCUGUUCAUGCCCGUCUUCUAUCGGCUUGAGGUCAUGACUGCCUACGAGUACCUGGAAUUGCGCUUCAAUCGGGCCGUACGAAUGGCUGCUGUCAUCCUGUAUGUGUUUGAAAUGACGAUCUACAUUGCGAUAUCUCUUUACGCUCCGGCUUUGGCACUUUCUCAACUGACUGGAAUGACAUUGUGGUCAGCAGUCGUGGCCAUCGGACUGGUCUGCACCGUUUACACAAGCGUCGGAGGCAUCAAAGCAGUGGUAUUGACGGAUACCUUCCAGGCGGUGGUGACGGUGGUUGCCAUGGUAGUCGUGAUAGCUCUGGGCAUGUAUCAGCUAGGAGGACUGCGAGAAGUCUGGCGGACAUCCCUCAGCGGCGGACGCGUGCAAUUUGAUGUUAUCGACCCGAACCCCACGGUCCACUACACCGUAUGGGGCCUGGCGUUUGGAUCUUUCUUUACCAACACUGCCAGCUACGCGACCAAUCACAUGAUGGUGCUGCGCUACCUUACAGUGCCGACACUCAGCAAAGCCAAGUUUGUGGUCUGGUUCAACUUUCCCCUGCUGUGUACGGUUCUCUCGCUAAGCAGCUUGGCCGGAUUACUAGUCUACGUGAAAUACGCCAGUUGUGAUCCCGUGGCAGCUCACCAAAUUUCCACAGAAGACCAGCUGCUACCCUACUUUGUAAUGGACGUGCUCGGAAAGAUGACCGGAGUUCCUGGCCUGUUCGUUGCCGGUAUCUUUGCGGCCUCACUGAGCUCCAUAUCAUCCGGAGUCAACGCCUUGUGCGCCGUGUCGUACGUGGACAUUAUUGCCAUCAUCAAGCCAGACAUUCCAGACAAAAUUGGGGCCAAGAUUAUUGUUGCGCUGGGGGUGUUCUUCGGCCUGCUGACUAUUGGCCUGGUGGGAAUCGCUUCGAGAAUGGGCAACGUGCUCGCCGCAUCCCAAGUCAUCACCAGUUCAAUCGGUGGGCCUCUUCUGGGCCUCUUUACACUAGGAAUGUUCAUUCCAUGUGGCAACAGUAAAGGAGCAAUGACGGGACUGAUCGUAUCUCUGGGCUUCUCACUUUGGAUAAAUCUCGGUCAAUUCGUCAUCUCCAUGGCCCUUCCCAAGCCUUCUCCAUCUACGGACGGCUGUCCCGCUGAAGUGAAAAAUGCAAGUUCUGCUGUUUUGUUCGACGGCACAACAGUCUUGAAGGAAACCACCAACAGUGGUCUCCUACCGGAUAUCUAUGCUCUGUCAAGCCUUUGGUACAGCAUGCUAGCCUGGUUUGUCUUGCUCGUGGUGGCCGUCCCAGUCAGCUAUUUCACUUCAUCAUCGCCAAGCACGGACACCAUGAAUCCGAAACUGAUAUGCCAAGUUGGAGACGUGGUCUUCUGGUUUGCGCCGGAGAAGUUUCGACGUCACCUAAGGUUCAACGUGGGAAAAAACUACGUUGAGCCAGAGAAGCCACCGGCUACACCCGAGAAACGAGCCUCAAUGCCACAAGUAGUCUUCGACUGCGAGAAGAAGGCGGAGAAGAAAAAGCACGACAGCUCACUCACUGCCGUCUCGUACAUCCGGAGGGGGACGAGCGCGUCUCUAGCAGUUCCUCCGCCUCCUCCCGCCCCACGGAUAUCGUUAUCAUCCCGUGACUUUAACACACACAUGUAA